GCACACGUAGCGUGAAUAGACUUUUGACUAGACUGUCAUACUUUCAAAAAUUAUAUAGAUAGAUUGUAAUCAACAGAAUAAAAAGCUAAAAAAUACAAUAUUUAUUUUAUAUGAGAAAAAAAUAUAUAUUUUUGAAUGAUUACACACAUGACCUGAAAAUGCAAAGAAACUAUUCACCAGAUGAAGAAACAACGACUGUUGGAAAUCCUAUCACCCACUUAGCUUAUCCAAGAUGGCGAAUCGCACUGUACGAGACGCUCGCAGCGUAAAGGGGAAGAAUCCUCAGUAUUUAGUGGAAAAAAUAACAAGAUCAAGAAUCUACGAAUCGAGAUACUGGAAAGAAGAAUGUUUUGCCCUAAGUGCCGAGCUACUCGUGGACAAAGCAAUGGAGCUACGUUUCAUUGGUGGUACAUUUGGAGGGAACAUCAAACCAUCUCCGUUCCUGUGUCUCCUCCUCAAGAUGCUCCAGAUACAGCCAGAGAAGGACAUCGUCAUCGAAUUCAUCAAAAAUGAAGACUUCAAGUACGUGCGUUGCCUAGGAGCAUUGUAUAUAAGACUGGUUGGAGAAAGUCUUGAUGUGUACAAGUAUCUAGAGCCUCUGUACAAUGACUACAGGAAGAUCAGAAGACAGGAUAAGAAUGGUGGUUACUUCUUAUCUCACGUUGAUGAGUUUAUCGACGAGCUGUUGAAUGAAGAGAGAGUCUGUGACAUCAUUCUUCCUCGAGUACAGAAGAGACACAUACUGGAAGAAACCGAACAGCUUGAAUUGCGUGUUAGCCCACUGGAGGAGGAUCUGGAUGAUAUGGAAGACUCUAGUGAUGAUGACAUGGAUAUUCCAGAGAUACACAAGUCACCGGAACAUCACAGAGGAAACUAUCAUGAUCACGACAGACCAAGGAGAAGUCCUUCGCCAAGGCAUCGUAGAAGUCGUAGUAGAUCACCUAAAAGGAGAUCUCCUCCCAGGAGGAGAAGUCCCUCCCCCAGGAGAGAAAGGGAGAGAAGGAGAAGCCCAAGGAGAGAUAGGGAGAGGGAGAGAAGGAGCAGGUCCAGAGAAAGAAGACACAGAUCUCCAGCUCGUAAUUAUCAUCGUGAGGAGAGGCGCGAUGACAGGAGAGAUGAGAGACGUGAUGAGAGGAGUGACGAUAGAUACCAUCACAGACAUCGAUCAACGUCACCAGAUGAUAGACACAGGAGAUCCUACAGGAAAUAAUAAGAUCAUGCUAGAGCUACCUUACAUUGGCAGUAUGUCUGUAUUUAUGACCCGCUCCACCACAGAACGACCUAACUUCGCUUUCUAAAAAUGCAGAAGAUACUACAGGAAAUGAUCAGAUCACUCUAGAACUACCUUUCAUCAGCAAUAUUUCUUUAUAAUUAUCCACUCUGCCUCCACCAUAGAACAAUCUAACUUUGUUUUCUGCAGACUUAGAAGAUCCUUCGGGAAAUUAUCAGAUCACGCUAGUAGAGCUGCUGUGCAUCGGUAAUGUUUCUAAUAUGUGACCCGUUCCAUCACAGAAAGACCUAAAUUGAUUCAUCAUGCAAUAGAGAACCUAUGGGAAAAAAUAUGAGAUUACACCAAGACUAUAUUGAGCUAGCCAUGUGUUAGUAUUUAUUACCCACUUCACCAGAGAAGGUCUUAACUCUGCUUCUCGUGAAGCAUAGGAGAUUCCACAGAAAAUGAAAAAGUCACACUAGAAACAUAUUGUGCUUUCUGUGUGUCUGCAUUUAUGACCCACUCCACCAUAUAAAGACAUUACAUCGCUUUUCAUCAAGCCAAGGAGAUCCUACUAAGAUCACAUCGGAACUAUUGUCAGUGUGUCUGUUUUUGUGACCUUCUGCACCAGAGAAAGACAUUGCAUCCCUUUUUGACAGGAAAGAGAUUCUACUGAGAUUACACUGGAAUUAUACUGCGCUGUCAAUGUGUAUGUAUUUAUGACCUGCUAUAUUGCAGAAAGGCUUAAAUCCACAGAUCCUAGAUUGAUGUAUCUUGAAAUUGAUCUGGAAGUUAUAUUUAACCCCCGGCGCACGUUAGACGACAAGACUAUGACACAAUUUUCUAACUUAUAGCACUUUGUAUUAAAUAUGAAAGUUCCAAGAAUUAAAAAAAAUUAUUGAAUAAAGUUGGGCAUGAUGCCAGGAAUACUAGUACUACAAUCAGAAUUCUGCUUUGCUGCAAGCUUUUUGGUUGGAGUGAAAUCCAAAUCAGCUUAUGUCACAGCCGAUGAUGAUAUCAUUAAGAUUUGGAAUUAAAUUUGCUUUUAUUCUUACAGGGAGAUUCAACCUAAACUGGGAUUUCAAUUUUGACAUUCAUCCCUUUAUUUGGAACUUUGAUCGCUCAAAUUUAUAGGUUGAAAUGUUUAUAUCAAAUGCUGUUAUAAUUUCUUUAAAAGUUAGAUCUUAAAGGAUCUUGUAGUGUGUGCUGGGCUUAACAGGAAGUACUUUAGAUUAUCAAGUCAACUGGUUAAUUUUCAUUCCUGUCUCAUACAUAUUAUCAUACCAUUCUAUACUGUAGAUUGUUCAUUCAAAUUGUUUAAAUUAGCAUUGUAACAUUGUACAAUCAGACCUGCUUCAGAUAAGGAACGUCAUUCUAUCUACCUUUAUUUAUCAUUGAUCAACUUUUCAUCUCUCUUGAGUGGUCUUUGUACUCAAAUUUCACCCUAUCUGUUGUUUGGAUCUCAGAUAGUCACUUGUUGAAUAUGCUUAUGAAUGAUAGUGAAAGAAGAAUCUAAGCAAGUUAUAAUGCCCUUUUGAAGAUGGCAAGCCAUUAUACAUGCAUUACCGGUAUUUGUAUCUUACUCUCUGUUACCAUGGAUCCUGGUUGAAUAACAAGCAACGUGUGUGUGUUGACAUGACGCGCCUUUGUUGAAGUGGAGGAAGGAAGGAGGUGGUUUUGUAAAAUAAUAUGUCAGUUAUCCAAACACAACUUUGAGUGAUUUAUGGUAUAAGAAUCAGAUCUCAAAAUUAUUGGGAUAAUAUGAUGGUGGCAUAUUUGUUGUCGUUUCCAUUAGCAUAAGGAUUUUAUUCUGAUACUCCAUAUAUAUUUUCAUUCUUUUUUUUUCAAGGGGGGUUGCAUAACUCUAUGGCCCUUAUUCUGAAGUCGGGCUUAACGUCAUGGUCUAACUUUGUGCUAAAGUUAUGGUAUGCCAAAAAUGUCCAAAAUUUGUUUACAAUAAAAGUUUCCUAUGUUUACUGCCUGCUUUUUCCUAAUUCUUUAAUGGUGCAGAUAAUUAUCUUAUUAAUCAUUCCUAGACAGAGAAGAAUGAUUUGAGUGUGGAAUUAGCUGAUACAAUGAAUCUCUUCUGUUAUAGAUUUAUGUCACAAUGGGCUAUUCUUAGUUACACCACAACUUUAAACUAGAGUUUAAAUUAAACCCGACUUCAGUAUACAGGUCUAUUCUUCUAACCAAAUCUAUGUUAAAAGAGAGUAAGACUUGGAAAAAUAUCAGUGUACCAUGAAUAUUUUCUAUGCCCUUUUACUUCAUGUGUGAUGUAUUUUAGCUGUUAAUGAAAUUUGAAUAACAUUUUUUCUCUCUAAUUGCAUAUCCUGUUUGCACCCUAUACAUGAGCAUUUGCAAAGGUUUGCUUUGGUGAUUACAACACAUGCUUUUGUAUCGUGACGGACAUUAUCACCUUUCCAUUAAUAUCAAUUACCAGUGGACAAACAUGCAAAAAAUAAUAACACUUAAAUUUUUGGCAAAGUUACCCCACCCGUAUGCCAAGUCCUGCUAGUUUAAAACGUGUAGCUAUGUGUAACAAAAUUAUUUGGAAAUAUCAAUUUUUGGUGUAAGAGCCACCUACCAACUAGUCUACAAGCACAGACUCUGCUUUGAUACUUUAACCAAUUAUACCAUGUCUAGAGUGAAGACUAGACGCCAAACUCUCUGUCUGCUUCGGUAGAGACAGCCACAGCUUGUUGUGAAUCUAGUCUCACUACUUCAGACUCUGUAUUAUGCACUAUGCGAAUUGCAAAAACCCAAGGUCUGUGUCUGCAGACUACUUGCCAACUUGUCAUGAGGGUAGGGCAAGAGAAUUGUAUAAAAGCAAUUAGUGUUUGUGCCAAUAUUUUCUAUAUACUGUAGUGUAUAUUCUCAGUUUAUAAUAAUUUCCAUGUUUUUCAGAAUUUGCUGAAUUGAAUAGUUAACAUUUUUCAAAGAAACAAAGUGAGUUUUACAAAAUUUUGGAAUGUUUGGGCAAGUACAAAUUUGUGUUUUCUUGUAUACAAUUUGGUUUAUUUUAUUGUUUUAUUUCAAAGUAAGUCUGUGUGAUACUUUUAUGAUAUAUGGGGCAACUUGCUAUUUUUGUUUGAGAAAUUAAUGAGUUUGGAAUGAUAUUGGUCUAUAUAAUGCAGACACCUGUUUUAGAGGAGUACCAUAUAUGAAUAUUGUGAAUAAAUUGUACAAAUUUCAUAACA